UGGUAGUCAUUCAGAACUGGCGAGUAUGUUUUGUUUUCAACAUGGUCGUAUUGACGUUAUUGCUUAAUAUUCCUCCUUCAGGAACCUUCUUCUCGUGCAGCAGCUACCUUUAUCGUGCUGGUAAGGAUAGACAUCGGCUUUUUUCAGGAUGGUAUACUCUCGAGGUAGGCGGAAAGGAACAACGUGUAUACUGCAACAUGGACAUUUUAGGUGGAGGUUGGAUGCUGGUCUUGAGGAGCUCAGGACAAAUACCUACUCCUUGGAAUAGAACGAACGUGAUGAGUCUUUACGAGAGUCAGUUCCACCAAGCUGAUGACUUUUCAAUUCUCAAAAAGGCAGACUCCAUUAUUCGAAACAAUAACGUCAAUGGAAUAGAG